AUGAAUAUCAUCCAGGGCAUCCUCUCUUCCGUAAAGCCCCUGCCGGACAGCGAUUUCUCCGAUCGUCUCUCCUAUGUCUAUUCGACGCUGGGCCUGAUCGUCGGCUCGGCUUUUGUAUCGGGCUGGAGCUUUGUCGGCAGCCCAAUCCAGUGCUGGUUCCCGGCCUAUUAUAAAGGAUGGUGGAUGGAAUACGUGUUAGACUAUUGUUAUGUACAAAAUACGUAUUUUCUACCGUUUACAGAAAUAAAGCCCCAAAACGAGUGGGAUUUCGCGAAUCACAUCGUGCCAUACCCGAAAAAUAUCACCGAGCGAGAGGACAAGCAGCUAGGGUAUUACCAAUGGGUGCCAUUCAUCCUCGCUCUCCAAGCCUUCCUCUUCUACCUGCCGAUUCUCAUCUGGAGAACGGUUUAUGAGGGGACCGGCUUCAAGAUCGCUACGAUCUGCCAGACAUGCGCUAUUGCUCAGAAUAUGGAGGAGAAGGACAGGGAGAAGAAUAUGCGAAUUGUGUCCGGAUUCCUCGUUUAUGAGCAUUCUGUGGCAAACGCCAUCGGUGGAAAAGUGCGGCGUACGGCUUCUGGAACUUUUGUCAUCGGCAUUUAUAUGCUAACAAAAGUGCUGUUCGUGGCCAACGCCCUCCUCCAAUUCGUGCUCCUGAAGGGUUUCCUCGGCGUCGACACAUUUUUCUGGGGACUACAGGUGUUCAACGACAUUUGCUCGGGGCGGGAAUGGCCGCAGAGUGGCAAUUUUCCUAGGGUAACUUUCUGCGACUUUGAAGUGCGUGUGCUCGGAAAUCUUCAUCGCCACUCGGUGCAGUGUGUGUUGAUGAUCAACAUGUUCAACGAGAAAAUUUUCAUUUUCCUGUGGUUCUGGCUGUUCCUCGUGCUCUGCUACAGCGUGUAUUCCCUGUUCUACUGGCUCUCCACCGCCUUCACCACGUCCUAUGGAAAGAAGGUGGUCCGGCAUUAUAUUGAGAAGAUCGAUCCUCCAACUGGCGAUGCCGAGUACGACCACCACAAAAGGCAGCUUCUCGAGGAGUUUGUCGUGGAUAAGCUGCGUACGGACGGAGUGUUUGUACUCAGGCUGAUCAUGUCGAAUUCUGGGGAUAUGAUUGCGUGCUCGUUGAUAAGGACGUUGUGGCAAGAUUUUGUGAAGGAACGCGGCAGCCGUCCCCCACCUUACGAGAAGCCCAAACUCCUCCAGGAACGGAGACAUCAGAGUGUAAAGGUUGUCGCGGCCCACAUCUACGACUCACUGGAGACGCAGAAGAAGCUCGCAGGGCUCAGCCACAUGACCCGUUUCGUGCACGAGGGCAAAUAUCUGACGUCGUUGUAUCUGAUGACAAAGGUCUUAUACGUACUACAGGCUGUCGUCCAAUUCUUCAUCCUUAAUAGCUUCCUCUCCACCUCCUAUUGGUUCUGGGGUUUCGGCAUCCUUCGAGAUCUGGCGCAUACGGUGCAAUGUGUGUUGAUGAUCAACAUGUUCAACGAGAAGGUGUACCUGUUCCUGUGCAAUGAGAAGGGACAAUUCCUCGCCAAGUAUCUCUCCGUACUCGGCCUCUAUAAUUCCGAUAAUAAGGAUCACCGAGACGCGUUGAAGCGAUUUGUUCGUAAGGGGCUGCGGGAUGAUGGACUGUUGGUGGUUCGGCUGAUCGCUGCUAAUGCUGGCGAUCUGAUUACGACAGAUCUGGUAUCGGCAUUGUGGAGGAGAUUCUUGGAGGAUGAGCUAAAAGAAGCAAAAGCAAACAACGGCAGCGGCGGUCCCGCCACGGCCCCCCUCGAAGAAGGAGACGAAUUCUCGGAGAAGACCCCGCUACAG